AUGGAGACGCGUAUGAUGUCCAUUCGCGCCCUGUACACCAUCAACGGCCACCCUCCAUAUAUGCUCGCCCGUUCGUCCUCAAAGGUCGAGGUGUCCAUCAUUCCACAACACGCCAUUUCUCCUCACUCUCCCCCCGACAUCGUCUACGGCAAAGUAUCCCUUCGCUCCUGCCUCGACGCCAUCUGUCAAUCAAGCCCGGAGCUUGCACCCACAGGCAACCGCGACUGGUCUGUCUAUGUCUUUGAUCCGUUCGAGUCUCAGCAAGGAAACAGCGCGAGUCCUGCCCCCGCUGUUGCUGUCGGCCUCGGCUGGCUCUCAGAUGCUCUCCGCAGCGCAGACCCUCCCUCUGUCUUCGGCACGCUCAUGUCUGAUGGCAUCCGCGACGACGGCCUCGAAGUCAUCUUUUCUCUCAGAGAGGGCAAUCGUAUUCCUCUCCCCCGCGCCAACACUUGGGCCGCUCCGCUGGCUGCAACAGAGAAGAAAUCCGCAAAACGAAAUACGGGCGCUCUCUUCACCACCGACCCGCUCCGGUGGCCGAAAGAGGAGAAGGAGCGGGCUGGCUCAUCUGCUCCGGACGCGACUCGGAACGCCUCCGACAGCCCCAGGAUAUCCCCAUCCGUCCGCCCUCUCAAGCGAAGUGACUCCUCCGCGGCCGAUACACCUCCACCCGCCCCUCCUCCCGCUGCUCCAGCUGCGUCUGCGCCCCAAGUCAGCACACCGCAGGCCGCGCUGCAAGCGUUCUUCAUGGCUCUCGCAAGCUCACAGCAGAACCAACAGCUCCUCUCCCUCCUCUCAUCCAUCGACUCGUCCAGCGCCACGCCCAAUCCCGACCUCGUCCAGACUCUAGGACGGAUGUUCACCGCCGCCUCUGCGCCAGCUCCGCCCGUACCUGCAGCCCCAGCGCCCUCUCCCCCUACGAGACCGAACCCCGCUCCGACCUCGAGCUUCACCUUCCUCUCCGUGCCAGGCUCAUCCACCAGUUCCGUCCCCUCGCCCGCGUCGACCACGCUCUCUCCGCCCGCUCACCCGUCGACGCCACCGACCACAGACACGGGCCAGGACGACGACGAGGUGGUGGUGCUCGACAAGGAGAACGUGAACCCCGCCGCGUUCCGCCGCACAGGUCUCGAGAAGGAGAAGGGGAAAGAAGUCGCGCGGCCGCCUCCAGCCCCGCGCAGCAGCACGUCCGAGCAGACACCGCGCCCGCGACCCUCCGUUAUCGGGGCCCUUGCGGCAUCGAACAGCCGGAAACGCACCCUCAGCGAGAUCAUGGACGAGCGCGACCGCGAGCGGGAACAGUCGCGCAAACGCACCGCGAGCUCCUCCAGUCGGACGCUGACCUCCAAGCCCAGCAGAAGCUUUCUCUCAAAUACGGACGCCGCGUCCGAUCCCGGCUGGGAGAACGACGCGUCGCAUCGCUCGGGUUCCGCGCCUGGUCCGGCGACCUCUCCGCCACGGCGCUCGCAGUCUGCGCUGCGCAAGCCGUACGUUGUCCCGUCCUGGGCGCGGACCACCACCGCUACACUCCCCCGAAACGCGGACGGCACGUAUCUCACGGAGGGCGCGUCGGACGCGGCCCCGUCGGAGGCUCCAAAGCGCAAACGGUCUACGAAGCGGUCUACCGACGCGAAGCCGCGCAAACGGUCCGCAGGGAGUGCGCACCCCAAAGAGGAUCUGUCGGGACGCGAAUUCCACGGCCCUGCCGUGCUGGUACCGCCUCCCGUGCAUGCCUCGGUUUCCGGCUCUCGACGGGGCAACCACGCAAGCACCAGCGCAGCCCCACAAGCAGACCUCCCCCGACCCAUCUUCGCGACAGCCUCUCAGGCCCCCAUUUUCGCCGUCCCCCUCGCGCCGUCAUCCUCGCAUAACGUCCUCUCGUCCUCGUCAUCGCAGAACAUGGACCCGCCCACAACGCCCCCGCGCCGGCGCGCGGCCAGGACGACGAGCGCGACGUUGAGCCCGGAGGACGACGCGCUCAGCUCGCUCUUCACGCCCGAGCAGCCCCGCAGCCCGCGCAAGCUCCCCAGCCUCUACAGCGGCCUCUCCGCCCUCCUCUCCCCACUCUCCCGCGGCGGCUCGUCCUCCGCGCGCAAGCGCGCGCGCACGCGCACGCGCACACACUCCAGCGGCGGCGAGCGCGGGCGCGGCAGCGAGCGCAGCGUCAGCUCGCUCCCGGACGCCCCGCCCCCGUUCUCCGCGCUCACCACGUCCUCCGAGCCGGCGGAGUCGGACGACGUCCCGCUCGACUCGAUCCCGAUCGCCAGCAGCGACGGAGACGGGGAGCUGGGGGAGCUCGGGCUGCGCGACGGCCCGUCCGAGGGCGGGGACGUGUUCGGGUAUGGCGCGCCGCGGCGGCUGCCGCAGUGGGGCCCGGGCCUCCCGCCGUCGUCGCCGCUGCCGCCCUCGAGCCCGAUUUUGUCGCCUGCGGACGGCGAGGCGGAGGGGAGCGACUGGGAGGCGUGCGCGGGGCGCGCGAGCGCAAGGGAGGUCGCGGACGCGCUGCCGGACCCGGACGCGACGAUCUGCCUGCCGCAGCUCGAGCUCGCGCCGGCGUCGGAGGACGGGGGCGAGCGGGAUGGCGCGGGAAGCGAGGACUCGGACGCGAUCCUGGCGAUGCUGUCGCAGGGGACGGACAUGUUCUCGGACGCGGACGACGCGCCGGGCACGCUCGACACGGCGUUCUCGGACCUGUUCUCGAUGACGGCGUUCGCGCCGUCUGGCGCGGCGGCGCCCAGCGACGGGUCUGGGUCGGAUGCGUACCUCGACGGGCUCGCGAUGGACAUGGACCCCGAGCUCGAGGCCGCGCUGUACGCGAAUCCGGAGCUGUACGGGAUGCAACCGCCGGACGCGGGGGCGGCGGCGGCGAGUGGGGCGGCGGCGGGCGAGAUGGACUUCAGCGAGUUCUGGGCGUUCAUGAAGCCGGUGGUGAGCGAGGGCAUGGUGCCGACGUCCGUGCCUACGGAUCCGUUCGGCCUGGGCUCCGCUGGGGACGGCGAGGGUCCGUCUGUGGGGACGGGCGAGGAGGCGGGUGGGGAGGAGGCGCUGCUCGCGAUCGACCCGUUGAGGGUUGCGGAGAAUGUGCAGGCGCUGUUGUCGGGGUGUGCGGUGUGA